AUGCAGCAGCAAUCCGAGAUCCACGCCAAAGUGUUGGCUGCGCAGGGCUUCAAGGCCGCGCCUUUCCACGCCGGGCUCAAGACCGAAGUCAAACAACGAACCCAAGACGACUUCCUCUCUGGAAAAGUUGACAUUGUCUUUGCCACGAUUGCAUUCGGCAUGGGCAUCAACAAACCAGAUAUCAGGAACGUGGUUCACUGGGAUUUGUCUAACACAGUCGAAGAAUACAGCCAACAGAUUGGGCGUGCAGGACGGGACGGAAAACCGAGCAAAUGUAUGUUCUAUCUUGCUCCUAGCGCCUUCUACCUGCGCGAGGUCUUUGCUCGCGGUGACCUCCCGUCAAGAAGCUCGCUGGCCGGAUUGGUUUUUGAUAUCUUCAAGGAAGCUCUAGGGGUCCCUGUCGGGGGUGUCUUCAAGACCAAUCACUAUCGGCAGCAAAAGGACUUUGAUAUACGACCAAGUCCCCUCAGCAUCAUCUACGCCACCUUGGAGCUCCAUUUCGGCUUCAUUCGAGCUACGACCUCGGAGUAUUCAACCUACAAGUUUGAGGCUAUGCCGUCGUAUUUUGGCAUCAUCAAAAAACACAAGAGUCUCGUCAUCGACGCCAUCUACAAGAACGCCAAGAAGAAGCUCAAGUGGUACGAUCUUGAUGUUAACGAAGCUGCGUCGUACAAGAACACAGGCUUAACCCGUGGCGACAUCGUGGCCAAGCUGAACCAGCUUGAUCAACAGGGCCACAUUAGACUGAAAGCGAGCGGCCUAAUGAACCGUUAUAUUGUCCAAAAAGCCUUUCCCAGGACACACGAGGACAAGGAAAAGGUGGUUGACAAGUUGUACAAGGAUUUGACAGAUCGAGAAAAAGAUGCCCUGCAACGAUGGAAGGAGGUCACGAGUUUGAUCACCGGUUCCAAGUGUUUUGCCUUGUCUCUGGCACAACACUUUGGUAUGGGCCUGCCCAAAGACAAGGAAAAGUGCGGGCACUGUUCCUUUUGCCUCACAGGCAAACCAAUCCAACCCCCCAAACUCACUGUGACGCCAACGAUGGCUUCGAGCAUUCAAAAGGUCCUCGAAGCUACAAAUGCCAGAGAUGACCCACGCUUCCUCGCGCGCGUGGCGUAUGGUAUUCGAAGCCCCGGGUGACGGCGUUGAAACUGGACAAGAGCCCGGUGUUUCGUUCAUUGGCGCAUCACGAUUUUGAAGCGCUGUUGGCUGAGUUUACCAAGGCUUGUGAGAAGAAGAAGAUUAAUAAAUGACGGCCUAGUCAGUGUUGGUCACCAGCUAUCUUGAUGAAGGGGAGGAUCACAGCUCGAUGGGAUAAAUGUUUAUCAUCCAUUUUUUGUUGCGGUUUGAGUGGUUUAGUUCCAGGUUGCGGAAUGCGUCAAGGUCAUAUAGUUAGUACUACCUUAUGUAUGUACGAAUUACUAGAACCACGAUAGUUGCGGUUCUCUUAGCUUUUG